GCUGCCCUAGUACGUAAAAAGAGCACGUCUACCGUGGGCAGAUGAUUGAUAAUCCUCCAUGAGGGAACUUUUCUUGCAAUUUGAAGUCUGCCGGUCCGAGAUCUGGGAUGAUGGGACGGGAUCUUGGUCGUCGGCGAUUAGCUUUGCUGUGGCGUUUUUUUUAUCUCCUAAAUUUCGUUAGCAGAAGUGGCAGGGUUUCUGCCAGCCACACGCCACGCCGUUUCCGAUGGAAACCGCUUGCUGUGGAUAUCCCUGCACAUGACAUUCUGCAGCAAACAGGGGUAGGACGAGUGAAUCUCGCGAUGGCUUCAUUUCCAACUCAACAUCCACCGCUUCCAUUGUUUUGGAAUGAAGCGACAUUACUCUACCUACCAUAUUAACGAGUUCCAAACGGACCCAAAGGCACCGAAUAUGAAUACCUGGAGCACAUGAACACUGAACAUCGCCUUCGGUCCUCAGACAUCAAUUUUGCGAUU